AUGCAUGAAAAAUACUCCAUUCCACCUUCUCCUUCUGAUUGGAAUUGCCCUAUUAGAUGCUCCCCGGAAUGGAAGAAAAUCCUUGCUAUUAAACAAGUUUUCUCGCAUCUGUGUGGGUGGACUAUUGGUAAGGGUAAUGUAUCAUUUUGGUAUGACAGAUGGCACCCGGAGUUUCUCUUGGAUCGCCUCAGUCCUUAUGAGGAUAUCCACCUGAAACUUAGGGAUUUUUGUCAUGAAGGUAAUUGGUGUUUUGAAAAUCUUAUUCCUACACUUGGGACUAAUGUAGUGCAGGCUUUAUACGACCAUGCUCCUAGGCUGACGGAGGAUGAUGAUAUUAGGCAUUGGGCCCCUGAAAAAUCUGGUUCCUUCUCGGUUAAAUCGGCGUGGGAAUCAAUUCGUGGGCAUUAUCCUACUAUUCCCAUUCUCGCUGACAUAUGGUCCACUGUCACCCCAUUUUCGGCUAAAUUAAUUUGUUGGAAGAUAUUUCAUAAUAUCCUCCCUGUGGACAUGAAAGCUCAACAUAAUGGCAUUGCUUUGGCCUCAAAAUGUGUUUGCUGCCUUAACCACAAAUCUGAGUCUAUUGAACAUCUUUUUGUUGAUAGUGAACUUGCCCAAUCUCUAUGGACCUACUUCAGCAUCAUUUUUGCUGUUCCUUAUCUCCCUGCUCAAUCUAUAACCACGCGCAUUAAAUGGUGGUUUCGCAUCUGUAAAGGUAAAUCUCACUUCUCCAUAAUGGGUAGGCUUGCUUGCAUUGCUAUUUGUAGACAAAUAUGGAGUUACAGAAACAAUUCUAUUUAUGGUGGUAUGAAGAAGGACCAUAUGCAUGCGAGAAUGGUUAUAAUCGACACUCUUCAACAUUUGGAUGCUAUUGUUUUUCCUUCUAUGCACUCGUGCAAAUAUGGGAUUGACUCGCUGCAAUCUAUAGGCAUCACCCCCAAAAGCCCAAAAGCCAAACGAAUUUCCUUGCAUGCUUGGACCCCCCCACGGCAAAAUUCAUAUGCCCUAAACACGGAUGGAUCUUGCCGCGAUAAUCAAACGGCGAUUGGGGGGGUUAUUCGUAACCACUUGGGAAAUUUGAUUUGUGCUUUUGCCGGCCCUUCGGGGGAGGGAACUGCUUUUAAUAGUGAAGUUAACGCUCUAGAAGUUGGGGCUGAUCUGAUCAAUUAG